CAUGUUUAUAUGUGCAGAUUUAUGGUUUAAUUUAUUCAAGUUAAUUUUGUAUUAAAAUCUAAAUAAGUUAAAGAAAUUAUUAGUUAGUAUAAAAGUUUGUUAAAUUAACUUUAAAACAGUGUUUUUUGUUUUUAUCAAGCAACGUUAAAGUCUUGUCAAACAACAUGAAUUUCUUAAGACAAACAUUCAGCGUUACGAAACAAUUGACAGCACAGGUUAUCAACAACUCGUUCCUCCAGCAGAUGCGUGAAAUGUCUUCACUCUAUCAAAUGCAUCGUACCGGACCCCAUAUUAAGAAGCGUCCACCACGACAACCCUUAGAGGGCAAACCCUUUGCCAAGGGUGUAGUGCUCAAGACUCUGAUCAAAAAGCCGAAAAAACCCAAUUCGGCGAAUCGUAAAUGUGUGCUGGUGCGUCUGUCAACUGGCAAAGAAAUGGUGGCCUAUAUACCCGGCAUCGGUCACAAUUUACAAGAACAUAAUAUCGUAUUGUGUCGUGUGGGUCGUGUACAGGAUACACCCGGUGUUAAGCUAAAAUGUAUUAGAGGUGUCUACGAUUUAAAUCAUGUUAUUAAAAAAUAAAUAAAAAAAUAUAUGAAUUCUUUGUAAAACAAAUAAUCAAUAAUAAUGUUGCAAUUGUUUUUCUU